CUUGAGGGGCCAGGAGGAAAUGGGAGUCCAGGUUGUGGGGACAUCUAAGGCUGAGCCCUGGGCUCUGCUUUAGGGGAGUGGGGGGCCUUGCGGGCCGCUAUGGGCCAGCUUGUCGUCUGCAGUCCACCCUGUGGCACUAGCUGUCCAGACCCUGCUAGGGUCAGCGUGCCCCGUGCUCUGGCUGGUGUGUGUGUGUGGGGGGAUCAGGCUGUGAGGCUGUGACUGCGGGCCCCCGAGCCCACACACCUGGCACCCCAUCCACCGCUGGCCCCUCCUCAUGGCUGUGGUGCCUCAGGGCACAGCUUUCUGGCCAGCUGGGUGGCUUGGCCUGUGAAGGUUCCACUUCAGAGCAGAGGGCGCCGGAGCAGCCGUGUGACCAGCCCUUGCCACGGCCCACUUCUGAGCAGCUUGGGGCUGGGGCUGCCACCGAGGAACGGGCGAGUUGACACCUGGGUUUGCAGACAGACAAAGCAGAAGCUGUUUUCAGAUCUGUCGGGAGCUGGGAGCUCGUGGUGGAAGGAAGGAGGUGGUGGUGGGGGAGCUCAUGUGGAGGGAGGUGGGGGCCAGGCCCAGGUGGGUCGGGGGGAGCAGGUGUGAGCACCCGAUCAGCUGCACCCCGGGCUGGAGGCUGGGCCAGCAGUGACGGGCCGCUGUCAGUGCCCACGGGUCACCUGUGAGCAGACGCCCCACACAUGGGCCAGGCGUGGGGACCUCAGGCGACAGACCCUCGGGCAGGGCCCCAUGCAGGCCCCUGGGAAGGAGCGGGUGCUGCCCCAGACCCCGAGUCACAGCAGCUUUGGAGGCCACGGUUUUCUGUAUUUGGCAAGAAAAAGGCGUUUUCACCGUCCCAGGAGAUGGGGCACGCGCACACGCGCACACACCCACCAGGCUGCCCUCUCCCGUGGGGACCUUCUCCCUCAGAGGCUCCGGAGGGCUGAGCCUGCGUGGCCGCCGUGGCCUGGGGACUUUCCCGCAGGUGGGCCGGGAACUGCUGCUACCUGAGCUGCCGGCAGGAGGGACUUUCCGGGCCUCUCGUCCUGUGGGAGGCUCCUCUCUGGGAAACUCCUUAAAUUAGCUGUCGAGUAGGUAAGCCUGGGCCACGGCACGACUUAAAAGGUACAAAAACAACCAGCCGUGCCGCCCCAGCCGCCGGCGCCCAGCAAUGCCAGACCUGUGUGCGUGUGCACACGUGUGCGUGGUGCGUGCACGUGUGCAUGCAUGUGUAUGUGUGUGCUCCACGUUUACACACCUGGCGCCCACCUGUCCUGGGGCUGCCCAGGCCCUGUCUGAGGCUCCCGGGACAGUUGGCUGGUCCGUCCGUCUUCUCUGUUUGGGGAGCUGGGGCGCGCCCUCGACCAGGGCUCCCGGAGCAGCCACACGCUCUAGCACGUGGGCCAGGGACACGCCUCGCACACAGGGACACAGCCCACACGUGCUCCCAGGCUGUACCUGCUGCCCGGAGAGGGUGGGCCCGCUCGGCGGCACGGCUGGGUCUGGCCGGCCAGCCCGGGAGCAGGGAUGGGGCCUGGAUGAGGUGCUUCUGCCCCAGCCCCGUCGGGGCUCCCCCCCCGGGUGUCAGCCAGGCUGGUCCCGUGGCGUCCUUGGCGGGCAGGCGGCCACCUGCCAUGUCUUCACGUGGCCGGCCGUCCCUCUGUGGCUCUCCUGGGGUCUCUUGCAACAAGGCCGGUCGUGUGGGGCCAGGCCCUACCCUUACAGCCUCCUCUGACCUCAGUCACCUGCAAGUACAGCCACCCUGGGGGUCAGGGCUCCCGUGUGGACCUGGGGACACCAGCCUCUCACACCUCCGGGCCCAGACGGGGCUGCACACAGGCACCUGCUCCCGCGGCUGCAGCCACACUGCUGGCCACUGCCCGCCCCGCUGGCCGAGGACUCCAGCCCUGGAGCCGGGAUCCCUCCCGCAGCCCUGGCUGAAGGAGGCCCUGACCGGGGCCUGUCUCCUGGCUGUGCCUUGGCUCCUGGUGUGCUCAGGGCACCUUCUGUGAGAGUGAGGCCUGGCAUGCUGGGAGGGCUGGUGUGCGGGUGGGUGCAGACCAGACGGCGGGGACCGACCUGCCCUGGGGGGGUCGGAGACUGGGGUCCUCUGGCCAGGUCUGCACGGGCUGGGAGGGCUGAGCCUGAGGUACUUGAGGGGUGUCCUCAGUCCCCUCUCCGCCUCCUCCCCGCCCCUCCCCCAGCCUUUAUAGCCACAUCCUGCAAGGAAAACACACACUCCUGCCCAGCUGCCGAGGCAAAGAUGUGUGUGGGCGCUCAGCGGCCCCGGGCACCUCCGUCCGCCCUCCUGCUCCUGGGGCUCGCGCUGGGCGCCGCGGCCAAGCUCGCCUGCCCUGGGAACACCUACCCUCGGGGCAGCAAGUGCUGCCAAGACUGCCCGCCAGGGUUCGGGAUGGAGAGCCGCUGCACUGAUACCCAGGAAACCAGGUGCAGCAAGUGCGAAACCGGCCACUACAACGAGGCCACCAACUACGAGCCCUGCAAGCCCUGCACGCAGUGCAACCAGCGAAGUGGGAGUGAGACCAAGCGGGCGUGCACCACCACGAACGACACCGUGUGCAGCUGCCGGCCCGGCACCCAGCCCCACGGGGGCUUCAAGCGAGGAGUCGACUGCGCCCCGUGCCCCCCCCGACACUUCUCCCCGGGCAACAACGAGGCCUGCAAACCCUGGACCAACUGCACCGCAGAGGGCAAGCACACCCUGCGCGCCGCCAGCAGCAGCUCUGACGCCGUCUGUGAGGACAGGACACCCCCUGCCAGCCAGCCCGUGGGGACCCGGGGUGCCACGGCCCGGCCCUCCACCACCCAGCCCUCCACCCCCUGGACCCUGACCUCACAGCCCCCCACCAGCCCCCCCACAGAGCCCCCCAGGGGCCCUGAGCUGGCUGCUGUCCUGGGCCUGGCGCUGGGCCUGGGCCUGCUGGCCCCUGUGGCUGCCGCACUGGUCCUGCUCCUGCACUACAGCGUCUGGAGGCCGCCCGCCGCCCCCAAGCCCCCCGGAGGCCACAGCUGCCGGAAGCCCAUCCAGGAGGAGCACUCGGACGCCCACUCCACGCUGGCCAAGCUCUGAGCACGUCCCUGGGGCGGCUGCGCCCUCCCAGGCCAGGUGGUGGGGUAUCCCCAGGCGCAGGCCGCCCCCCAUGGUACACAUCACCCCAUCGCUGUCACCUCAUCCCCCCGUCACCCCUGUGUCUGGCUCCCAGGGCCUGUUCCUGCCCGCACCAUUCUCGGUGCUUCUGGGCCGGCACCUGGGCCCACUAUGUAUGCCGUGCAUACUCCCCACCCAGGUGGUAACCCCAAUAAACGCUGCUGGCAAAUGUGGGUCUCUGUCUGGGUGCCUGUGGCUGGGACUGGCAUUCCUGGGGCCUGGGACCUGACCACCCUGGCUGGCAGCCUCUGAGGCCGGGGUGUGGGAGGGGCUCUGGUGAGCCAGCCCAGUACCUGUGGGGGACUGGCAGUCAGACAUCGAGAUCCUAAAUGAGGGCGAGGGGCCUGCGGCCCCAGUGCAAGGGGUGGGGCUGGGGUCCUGGCGAGUCCCAAAGGGCUCAGAGGUGGCAUCUGCUCCUCUGAGAGCCCCUGCCCUCUCCUCCUCCUGGCCCCGCAGACCACGCCUGCGGCCUGAGUGUGUGGGCACCCGCACCCCUCCCACCCCAGGGCCACGCCACCCAGGUCCUCGUGGGGCCACACUGCCAGUCCUGCAGGAGGGAAGCGAGUGCUGGGGGGAUGCGAGUGGAAGGUCCCCAAGGGGAACCCAGGCCUCCACGGGCGGCAGGUGGAUGGAGACGGUGUGGCGUUCAGAGGGACCGCGGGCAGCACUCGGCCGGCACUCGCGCACGCAGCGGGCACGGGCUACACCGCCCACCGUGUGGCCCCUUGGGCAGCGUCCUGGGGGUGCAGGCGCCCCCCUCAGCGUCCCUCCUGUGUGCGCCGCCUCCGCUGAACUGGAGGCAGAACGUGACAGGAAGCCGGGAUCCGGCCGUGGAAACACUGAGGUGAGCGAGACCACAAGCCGCGGCGGGAGGUGGGGCCGACCGUGGGCAUCGCAAACACGUAGGAGCUGCCGAGAGGGAAUCAGAAGUGAAACGCCCCAGUACCUGUGGGGGCGUGGAGGCCAGACCUCCAGGGAGCCCACGGGGUGCACUUGGCAGAGACCGGCUCAGGGACACCUGCUCGGCCCCCGUGGCCCCCUCCCUCCCAGUCCCGCCGACCAGGACUGCCAUCUGCUGGGUGUCCUGCCAGGGAGCCGCAGGGACCUCGGGGUGCACACAGGCCCUGGCCGCAGUGCGUGCAGCUGGGAGGACUCGCUCUGGCGCUGGCGGAGCCUCAGUGCCCCCUCCUCCCUACCGCCCCACCCGGGCCAGCUUUCUCCCAGAAGUUGCCCCCAGGCCUGGCCUCUGUCCUUUCUCUUCUCAAACCUCUGACUCCUCCCUGGAACCUCUGGCUGCAAAGGGAGGGAGCCAUCAUUUUCCCGGCAGCUCACUGAGCGCCCAUAGUGAGAAAGGGGAACAGUGGCUCCUAAGUGGGACCUGAAGGAGGGGCCAGACCUUGGGGGUCCUCCCCAAACCCGCCCCAGCCCAGCUACUCCUAGCUUCUCAUGGCUCUACGCCAGCAGUUCUCAACCUGUGGGUCGCGACCCCUUUGGGGGUCGAAUGACCCUUUCACAGGGGUCACCUAAGA